AUGCUUAUCAACUCGAUAACAUUUCUAUCUAAUUGAACGAUUAUUCCCUUUGGAAAGUAGAUACAUAAUUGAAAGUUUAAUAUAUAUUUCUUUUUAUUUAGACCUAAGCGAAUGUUAUUAAAACUACUGAAGUAGGAAUGAAUCGUAGAGGUUUAAAUACUGGAAAUACGAUGACUUCUCAAUCAAAUAUUGACGAAGGAAACUGGAAAGGGGUAGCAGAAGGCUCAGCAAUGCUGCCUUCAUCGAAUUCUUCAUCUAUAAAUCCGGACGCCAGCAAUCAGAGUGGAUUUCCACAAGGCGGGCUACCAUAUUCGGCUAGUGGCAAUCCAUACCCACAAGCUGGUCAAUCCUCACCUGCUGGCAAUCAGUCUUUAGUAUUUCAAAAUACUAAUCAACCCGGAUCGAAUACUCCUCAAUAUACAUCAUCGCCAGCUCCGUCAGGCUCAUCGACUCCAGGUCCUGUUGGUGUUGCAUCGCAAAAUAUACAGGGAAAUUAUUCACAAUCCUCAACUGCUGGCAACUUCAAUGGACCAGUUGGCGGACCAUUUGGGUCACCGUCUUCCGGCUUGGGUCAAUUUAGCCGACCAGCAAGCUCAGGCACUCCAUUUAACAGCGGACAGGCUGGUCAUUUCUCCUCGCCGACAGUUUUUGGCGUCGGAAGCCAAUUCAAUCCCAUGCCACCAGCAUCACCAUUUGGCCAUGGUGGAAACCAUCCAAUGAUGGGCGGACCUCAGCAAAUGGAUAGAAUCGAUCAAGGCUUUAGGAGGCACAACUCAUACUUCAGUCACACAGAGCAUCGGGUGUUUGAGCUGAACAAACGCCUGCAACAGCGCAAUGAAGACAGCGACAACUGCUGGUGGGAUUCGUUCACAACCGAAUUCUUCGAGGAUGACGCCAGAUUAACAAUAUUAUUUUGCUUGGAAGAUGGACCAAAAAGAUAUACAAUUGGCCGGACACUGGUGCCACGCUUUUUUCGAAGCAUCUUUGAGGGCGGCGUCUCUGACCUGUAUUUCCAGCUGAAGCAUGCUAAGGAAUCUUUCCACAACACAUCCAUAACAUUGGAUUGCGAUCAGUGUACCAUAAUAACACAGCAUGGCAAGCCAUUUUUCACAAAAGUGUGUGCGGAUGCAAGACUUAUACUAGAAUUUAUGUACGAUGACUACAUGAGAAUCAAAUCAUGGCACAUGACCAUCAAAGGACAUCGAGAACUCAUUCCACGAUCCGUAAUUGGCACUUCGCUUCCGCCGGACCCGAUGCUGUUGGAUCAAAUAACCAAGAAUAUCACUCGGGCUGGCAUAACAAACUCAACCUUAAACUACCUUCGCUUGUGUGUUAUACUGGAGCCAAUGCAGGAGCUUAUGUCGCGCCACAAGGCGUAUGCUCUGAGUCCGCGCGAUUGCUUAAAGACGACUUUAUUUCAAAAGUGGCAGCGCAUGGUGGCGCCGCCCGGCAAAAAGGACCCCCAAAGACCGCCGAAUAAGCGUCGCAAAAGAAAAGGAUCCAAUUCGGGAGGUGCCAACAACACGAGCACACCACCCGUAGCGAAUCAAAAGAGAUCGCCAUCGGGACCCAGCUUUUCCCUGUCCUCGCAAGAUGUGAUGGUUGUUGGCGAGCCAACAUUAAUGGGCGGCGAAUUCGGAGAGGAGGACGAAAGGCUCAUCACGCGUUUGGAAAAUACCCAAUACGAUGGCACCAAUGCCGUCGAGCACGAUAAUCACACUGGCUUUGGCCAUGCCGAUUCGCCAAUAUCUGGCUCAAAUCCAUGGAGUAUGGAGCGGGGAGGCAAUAUUCCAGCUAGUCCUGGCAACCCUUCUGGACCUCAAAAUAAUGCAAAUAUAGCGGAUAUAGAUAAAAAGAGCCCCAUUGUAUCGCAAUAGAAUAAAAUGAAUAGUCCGAAAUUAUAAUUUAAUUUUAUGAUA